AUGGCUGGUCAGCGCUGGGAGCAGGAAGAGAUUGACGCUCUGACCUGGUUUGUCAAGAAGAGAGAGAAAUACAAAGCAGCUUUGGCACAAAGCAGUGACAAUGUACGACUAACAGAAAGAAAAUGGACAUGGCCCGACAUUGCCACGAAGAUGCACCAGAUCGCUGAGAGGGAUGAAUGGCAAGUCAGAAGAAAGUAUGAAGCCAGCGGCUGUCAAAUUGCAUGGAAGAAAAUCCAGGCUCGAGAAAUCUCCUGGCCAAAUACCAAGUCCCAGGCAAAAUAUGAAGCCGAAGAUGAAGAAAUGACUGGAUUGGAGGCCAGGAACACACCACAACAUGGAACAGGCGAAACCGUGGAUGCAUUCCCUGUCGAAACAAACACUCGUGUUGAUGCCACCCUACCACUAGAAAUUUCUCCACUUCGAUGUGCUCCAGUUUCUGCGAGUGAGAUACCGAACGAGGUUCAGAUCAGAUUCCAGCAUGGUCUCGAUCAUACGGUCGAUGUCAACUUUGAUCGAAACGCCAAUAUCUUUACGAUCGCACCAAAGCCAGCUGUCCCAGCUUUCGAAAGCACUCCUGAGAAUGCACGUAUUAUCAAAGCCGAAAAUGCAGCAUAUGAAACUCCGCUGAGAAAUUCUGUUGACACAGACCGAAUCCUCGCAUUUGCACUGAACUCCAGUCCCACACCAACUCUGAAUUCGGAUGUGGAGUCGCACAUGGGAGGUAGAGAGAACUUAUACUCAGCGAGCCCAGCACCACACGAUGAGAAUGUGAAGCCAGUGCGCUCGAACACCAGAUGGGAAGAUUACGAGCUUGAGGCACUGCAAUGGUUCGUGAAGAAGAGAGCGGGAGAACCCCCCAACGGAAGAAGCAACGGCCGCAACAGAAUCUGGACCUGGGAUACUAUUGCAGCCAAGAUGAACAAGGUGGCUGCGAGAGAUCUUUGGGACAUUGGCAGAGUUUACACCGCUGGAAAUUGCUAUGGAGCUUGGCUUACCAAGUCGACACGCCUUCCGACUUCUCGACCAAGCAAGAGUCGCAAGCUCGUCGAUAGAACACGCGGCGUUCCAGUCCAUCGUACCGCGAAUUCCGGACUUGAAAGUACGGUUAAUGCACCAAACGGUCCAAUCGAGAACACAAUCAAUCCUCCACCUCCACCUCCAGGCCCCAACGCCACAGCCGAACCAGUUCCAUACCAUUGGCUGGCAGCGGAGCGAGAGGCAUUGCACGAAGUGUAUAACUUCAGCCGGAUCGCUGAAUCUAAAGGCUUGACUCGUGCUGAGUGUCGAAGACGAGGACUUUGGACUUGGACCAUGAUUGCGACAGAAAUGAACAAUCGUGCGAAGGUUUCUUCGUGGAGUACCGGCCGGGUCUAUGAUCAGAGCAAUUGCUACAACAUGAUCAAGUACGAAAAGGACAACUUCAACCUACAAGGAAAUGUGCAGCCGCUGGAGCCCAUCAAUGAGGAUGAGGAUGAGAAUGAGGGUGAUGAUGAUGAUGAUGACUACAAGCCCAAGGUUUAG